CGUUUUUUCGAUUCUUGAACUUUCCUUCCACUUUCUCUCUCUUAUCUUCUUCUGUACUCUCUUUCUCUUUCCAUUUCCAUCCUCCCUGUAUUUCUUCCAUACGAACCUUCUAGAAUUACCAUUUUUCCUCAGACCUUCCCAUCAGAUCUGCCGCAGUUAGUUUUACUCGUAUCGAUAUUCGUUUAAGAGCGAUGGCUCCACCGCCGGUGGAGCGGAACGGUGGGGAAUCGACGACUACGCCUCCGCCUCCCGGAGACGCGCCAAGAUCUCUUCCGACGCCUUUUUUGACCAAGACAUACCAGCUGGUUGACGACCGCACCAUCGACGAUGUCAUCUCUUGGAACGAGGACGGAUCUGCCUUCAUCGUCUGGAAUCCAACUGAAUUUGCCAGAGAUUUACUCCCUAAAUAUUUUAAACACAAUAAUUUCUCUAGCUUUGUUCGCCAGCUCAAUACAUAUGGAUUUCGGAAGGUUGUACCUGAUCGAUGGGAAUUCUCGAACGAUUGUUUUCGGAGGGGUGAGAAAGGCUUAUUGUGUGAUAUACAGCGGCGGAAGCUGGCGGCACCUCCCGUUGCUGGGGCUAUAAUAUCUCCGGUGGCAGUACCGACGGCUGCUGCUGCUGUUUCUGCCAUUCCGCCUCCUCGAACGGUGUCCCCUACGGAUUCAGGCGAAGAGCAAGUCGUCUCUUCCACGUCAUCUCCUUCGGGGUUUCGUGAGACGGCAACGGCUGGCGGAAGCACAGCCGAGCUAAUUGGGGAGAACGAGCGGUUGCGGAAAGAGAACAUGCAGCUCAACAAAGAGUUGUCCCAUAUGAAAAGUAUGUGUAGCAAUGUUUAUGUCUUGAUGUCAAAUUAUUCCAACCAUAGCAACGGAGCCACUGCCAAUAGUAAGGCGGAAGGUAGCAGCUGCCAGGCGCUGAAGGCGCUGGACUUGUUGCCACCUAAGCCGAUUUUCGAUGAAUCCGGAGCAACCACGGAAUGUGGUGAGGAGGACCGGAUGGCAGUGGACGAAGCUGGCGCUAGGAUAUUUGGGGUGUCCAUUGGUGUGAAACGCGGGAGAGAAAAUGGAGAAGCUGCGGCUGCUGAGCACGAUAAGGAGUUGCAGCUGCAGCAACCUGGAACUGCAGACGUUAAAUCAGAGCCGAUAGAUGAUGAGAAUAGUAAUGGUGAUGAUCAGCAAACGCACUGGCUUAGACAGUGCCGCAUUCAAAAUCAGAGGUGUGUGAUCAAGUAAUUAGGAAUUAGUUGGAAUUAUUAGCUGUCAGUAGUAGAUAGGUUGAACUCGGGCGGACACCAGACUUGGUGGGAAUUUGUUGGUCCCGGGUCAGGCACGUGAUAAACGGAUCUUGUGCGUUGAUCAAGGUUGGAUUAUAGUUGUGGGGGACCAUUCUCAGGAAGCUUCUCUUGGAUUGUCAUUUGCCUUCUAAUACUACUUUUCUUCUUUUUA